UCUGUUCAACGCCUGCUCGCAUUUUCUAGACGUGACGCAGUUCAUCUCGAGUGAACCUACUGCUAAACUAAGCUAAGCUAAGCUAACUAAACCUAGUUGUUUGCUUUGACUAUCUCCAGAAAAUGGCACUAUUGUCGCCAGAACGUAACGAGACGCUGUUCUAGAAUGUGUCAUCAUGUUUCCGACGCUGACUGUCUUUGGCGUUGUCGCCAUGUUCAUGACUCCAGGACUUUGCUGUUCACCUAAAGAAUAUCAGACAAGGGAUGGGCAAUGUUGUCCGAUGUGCCACGAAGGUACAGUUGUUCGAAGAGACUGCACUCUUCAGACAGGGACACGGUGCAAUCCCUUGCAGAACGGGACAUUUAUGAACAGACCCAAUGGCCUGAAUAAAUGUAACCCCUGCACCCCCUGUGACCAAGGUAACGGUCUCUUUGCCAAACAGGGCUGCACAGCAGCAACAGACACAGUCUGUCAUGUUGUAAAUGGAUAUUUCUGCAAGGCCUUGAUGGAUGAGUCAGGAUGUAGUUCUGCAGAAAAACAUACGCAGUGUGGACCCGGUCACAGGAUAAAAGCACCUGGAACCAGCAGAACAGACACAGUGUGUGAAAGCUGUCCGUCCGGCUAUUUUUCACUUGAUGGUGUGAAUUGUACAGUUUGGACUCUUUGCUCACAAACCCAAAUAAAGACCAAAGAAGGAACCAUGACCAGUGAUGUCAUCUGUGAAGCUGUUUCAAGACACCAUUACUUUCUUAUAGCUGCAUUAAUACUAUUCACAUUAACAGUUGCUGGGCUUUGGAUCAAAGGCGGACUAUCAUCAAAAAAAACAUUAGCGUCCUCGGACAUCUGACAGAAUGGCUCCAUCCUGUUUUUAUAUCCGGUCCUAU